AUGAAGAAAGCUCACUGGACGGAACAAUACACGUGGUCACUGUUCAAGGCCCUCUCCCACAUGCUGAGUAUUGGCUACGGCAGAUACGCUCCACAGAGUCUCAUGGAUGUCUGGCUAACUAUCGUGAGCAUGGUGUCUGGAGCAAUAUGUUACGCUCUGAUAGUCGGACAUACAACAACCCUCAUCCAGUCAUUCGAUACGUCCAAAAGACUCUAUAGAGAAAAACUAAAACAGGUGGAGGAGUACAUGCUGUACAGGAAGUUACCUCGUGACAUGCGCAAACGGAUAACGGAUUAUUAUCAGCACAGAUACCAGGGUAAGAUGUUUGAUGAGAUCAACAUACUCGAUGAACUCAAUGGAUGCCUCAAAGAGGAAAUUGUAAACUUCAACUGCAGAGCACUUGUGGCCUCGGUUCCUUUUUUCAUGAACGCCGAUCCCAAUUUCGUUAAUGAAGUAGUCUCAAAACUGAGAUAUGAAGUGUUCCAGCCCGGAGAUUACAUAAUACGUGAAGGAACCAUGGGAACGAAGAUGUACUUCAUUCAGGAAGGAGUUGUGGACAUCAUCAUAAAGGACAGCCAAGUGGCCACCAGUCUGUCCGAUGGUUCAUAUUUUGGAGAAAUAUGCCUUCUAAGAAAUGCAAAACGAGUGGCUAGCGUCAGAGCGGAAACCUAUUGCAGCCUGUUCUCGCUGUCCGUUGAGCAUUUCAACAGCGUCUUGGACCACUACCCCGUCAUGAGGAAGACAAUGGAAAGUGUGGCGGCCGAGAGACUCAACAAGAUCGGACAGAAUCAAAAUACGACUGUACCAAAAAAGAGAAGGGAAGCAAAAGACGAGACUAACAUAAGCGUAGUCAGUGAACAAAAUGAGCAUAUUGUCGGUUCCAAUGAUACGUCAGAAUUUUUAACGAACAUUAAAUCGUGA